AUGGCCAGACAGCGAUACAAGACCUUGGCAGUAUUGAGUCUUGACAAGCGGAUAGCCUUACCGUCAUCAGAGCCCAAGUUUGACAUGCCCAUGGUCAACGUGACGGUCAAAGAGAAGUCCACGGCGACACUGCCUUGUUCGGUCAGCUCUCUUGGUUCUUAUCAGAUUGUGUGGACAGAUCAAGUUUCAACGGUUCUCACGUUAGAAGACAGAAGGAUUAUUGAUGACGAGCGUAUUAGCCUAGAGCGGCCGUACACCCGGGACUGGAACCUGCAUAUCAGGGACGUCAGGUACAGUGACCAGGGCAUCUACAACUGUCAGAUCAACACCAACCCAGUCCGGCUUAAAACCAUCAACCUCAUCGUAUUAGUGCCAGCCCAGAUCAUCGACCACCUCUCCAGCUCCAACAUGGUGGUGCACGAGGGGGACACCGUGACCCUGGUCUGUAACGUCACCGGCACCCCCACCCCCAAAGUCGACUGGUUCCGCCUGGUGCCCGCUGCCAACGGGGGUGUCCAGAAACAGAAACUGGGCAUGAGCGGUGAGGUACUCGUCAUCCACAACGUCACCCGCUACUGUGGCGACAGCUACGAGUGUAUCGCCUUCAACGAGGUCAACCCAGCAGCGAGCAGGAUCAUAGAGGUUUCAGUACAGUUCCCCCCAGAGAUUUACCUGCCCAACAGGAGGAUCGGGCAGGAUGUGGGGAAGGAGACCAUUCUAGACUGUAACGUUUCGGGCUUACCUGUGCCCAACACCUUUUGGAGUAAAGACGGCAAUAUUAUUACAUCAUCGAAAAAGUACAGACUGGACGUGUACCCAGAUGAAGUGUUAAAGACCAGGUUUACGCUAAGCUUGCGAGUCUACAACAUUGAGAAAUCUGAUUUCGGGGCCUAUACGUGCACGGCUGAGAACAUGAAGGGGACGGACGAGGAGACAAUGUAUUUAUAUGAGUACGUGAAAAAAUACCCCACCACAGUGACGUCAACCGAGGCCGUUCAAACGACCUUGAGUCUAUUUAUGCCCGGGAAAACCCCCAAACAACACAGCAUGUACGACGGAGACGAGUUCAAGUACGACACGGUCAAGCCGACCCCUAUAGGGAAGGAUUACUCUAGGUACCAAGGUCACGGGGGUCAAGAGCAUCAGCAUUACCCGACAACCCCGUACAGAAAAGGUAAGAACAUCGUCAGUGCUGAUGGUAAUGGCGGCCGGAAGUUGAACAACGCUCUAUGGAUCAUAACAAUGACGUCAUGUUUUGGCCAUCUCGUUCUGCGGAUUUUGUGACCAAUAGAAUAAUUGGAAUUUAUUCACUGCGACGUCUACACAAUGGAGAGAAAGGACGUCGGUGCUAAAAAAUAACUGUACAAAUCAUGCGUCGUAUUUAUUUUAAAUAACAAAGCUUUACACUUAGAUAUAGAAAAAUUAUGGAAAUAAUAAAUAUUUCAUUCUCAAUCACACAGCGUUACAGACAUAUAUAGGAAAAUUAUUUUAAAAAAUAAAUAUUUCAUUCUUCACAUAUAUAUAUUGGA